AUGCUUAGGCCCUCGUUUAGCGCUCGUCGUCACCCGCGCUCCCCCUCGCCACCCGCGCCCGCCCUCAUCACUCGCGCCCGCCCUCGUCACUCGUGCCUGCCCUCGUCACUCGCGUUAACCCUCGUCACUCGCGUUAGCCCUCGUCACUCGCGUUGGCCCUCGUCACUCGCUUGCCUGCGAUUCCGUGCUUCCCCUCGUCAUGCGUUUCCCUUCGUCGCGCACGUUUCCGCUCGUCGCGCACGCGACUUCUCGUCACGCGCUCUUCCGCUCGAUGCGCGCUCUCCUCUCCUUGUCACACGCGUUUCCCCUCGUGACGCGCACUCCUUCCCUCGUCACCAGCUCAAUCAUUCAGUCGCAAUCUAUUUUUCUUCGCAUCACCUGCUUCCCCCCUCCCUCCUCCCUCCUCCCUGCUUCCCCCCUCCUCCCUGCUUCCCCCCUCCCUGGGCCCUGCUUCCCCCCUCCAUCCCCCCUGCUUCGCCCCUCCCUCCGCCCUCCUUCCCCCCUCCUUCUGUCAUGCUCCCCUCAUCCCUCCGCCCUGCUUCCCCCCUCCCUCCGCCCUGCUUCCCCCCUCCCUCCACCCUGCUUCCCCCCUCCCUCCGCCCUGCUUCCCCCUCCCUAUACCCUGCUUCCCCCCUCCCUAUGCCCUGCUUCCCCCCUCCCUCCGCCCUGCUUCCCCCCCCCCUUGCGCCCUGCUUCCCCCCUCCCUCCGCCCUGCUUCCCCCUCCCUCCACCCUGCUUCCCCCCUCCAUCCCCCCUGCUUCCCCCCUCCCUCCGCCCUCUCUGUUCACCCCCCAAUCUAUUCUCCUUUGCCUCACCUGCUUCCCCCCUCCCUCCGCCCUGCUUCGUCCCUCCUUCGGCCAUGCUUCCCUGCUUCCCCCAUCCCGUUCCUUGCUUCCCCCCAUCCUCUUCCCCCCAUCCCCUUCCACCAUCCCCUUCCCUGCUUUCCCGCAUAAUUUCCCUCUCCAUGCGUCCUUCCACUCCCUGCUUUCAUCAUGUGCCUCUGCUUCAGUGUACAAUCUCCUUUCAUACUCCCCACUCCUCUCAUACCCCCACUCCUCUCAUACUCCUUUGCCUCACCUGCCACUCCCCCCUUCCUCCUCCCUGCUUCCCCCUCCCUCCUUCCUGCUUCCCCCCUCCCUCCUUCUUGCUUCCCCCCUCCCUCCUCCAUGCUUCCCUCCUCCCUCCUUCCUGCUUCCCCUCGUCCCCUCCCCCUUUUUCCUCCAUCCCCUUCCCUGCUUCCCUCCAUCCCCUUCCCUGCUUUCCCCCAUCCCCUACCCUGCUUCCCCCCAUCCCCUACCCUGCUUCCCCCCAUCCCCUUCCCUGCUUCCCCCCAUCCCCUUCCCUGCUUCCCCCCCCAUCCUCUCCCUCCCCAUGUACAAUCUCCUUUCAUACUCCCCACUCCUCUCAUACACCCCACUCCUCUCAUACUCCUUUGCCUCACCUGCCACUCCCCCCUUCCUCCUCCCUGCUCCCCCCCUCCCUCCUUCCUGCUUCCCCCCUCCCUCCUUCCUGCUUCCCCCCUCCCUCCUCCAUGCUUCCCCCCUCCCUCCUUCCUGCUUCCCCUCUUCCCCUCCCCCUUUUUCCCCCAUCCCCUUCCCUGCUUCCCUCCAUCCCCUUCCCUGCUUUCCCCCAUCCCCUACCCUGCUUCCCCCCAUCCCCUUCCCUGCUUCCCCCCAUCCCCUUCCCUGCUUCCCCCCAUCCCCUUCCCUGCUUCCCCCCCCAUCCUCUCCCUCCCCAUGUACAAUCUCCUUUCAUACUCCCCACUCCUCUCAUACCCCCCACUCCUCUCAUACUCCUUUGCCUCACCUGCCACUCCCCCCUUCCUCCUCCCUGCUCCCCCCCUCCCUCCUUCCUGCUUCCCCCCUCCCUCCUUCCUGCUUCCCCCCUCCCUCCUCCAUGCUUCCCCCCUCCCUCCUUCCUGCUUCCCCUCGUCCCCUCCCCCUUUUUCCCCCAUCCCCUUCCCUGCUUCCCUCCAUCCCCUUCCCUGCUUUCCCCCAUCCCCUACCCUGCUUCCCCCCAUCCCCUUCCCUGCUUCCCCCCAUCCCCUUCCCUGCUGUAGCAGAGAAAUGGGCACUCACCUGGGCUAUCCUCUGUAGCGAUCCGCAGGGGCGUGUGCUGCACCUUGCUCCCCGUCACUCCGCAGUAUCCGCUCACGUUGUGCGCGCGGGUGGUUGUAGCCAGGUCACCUGGGAGGGCGCGCUUCUCGUCGCCGGGAACGCGGGCUCCGCGUCGCCUGGAACGCGGGCUCCGCGUCGACUGGAUGGCGGGAUCAGAUCCGCCUGA